AUGCAAACAGCAGCAGCAGGAGCAACAGAGCCCGCAGCCCACGCUGCGGCUGCAGCAGCAGCAGAGGCGAGCGCAGCGCAACAGGUAGCGCCAGCAGCAACAGACGCAGCAGCAGCAACAGCAAGAACUGCAAGGGCAGCACCAGCAACAAUCGCAGCCGCAGCGCCAGCGGAUGCAGCUUCUGCCGCAGCAGAAGCACCGUCAAACGCAGCAACAGCAGCGACUGCAGCAGCAGAUGCAGCAAACGCAGCAGCAGCAGCAGCAACAAAUCCUGUGAUGUCUGUUUGCUUCGACCCGCGCCUGCAGCGUCUAAGGGUGGUGGGGCGGCAGCAGCAUUUCAAGGUAACGAGGGACCUUCUAACAGCUAGCCUAAGCAUCCAGCAGCAGAAACAGCAGCAGCAGCAGCAGCAACAGCAGCAGCAGAAACAGCAGCAGGAGGAGCAAAAACAGCAGCAGGACGCUCAGGCGGCAGUCUCGUCGAGGAGCGAGCAGCAGCAACAGCAGGAACAAGCCGAAGGAGCGACAACAGCAGCAGCAACACCGCAAGCAGCCGCAGCAGCAACAGCAGCAGCAGCAGCAGAUGAAGCAGGGCAUUUUUGGGAACUCGAUUUAUCUCGCAAUGUCUUGACAGAAUUUGACUGGGGCGUAGCAGCAGCAGCGCUGCAGCAGCACGGCUUCUUCUCGCUUCCCGCAGCAGCACCGCCUCCAGCAGCAGCAGCAGCAGCAGCAGCAGCAGACAGACUCUGGUGUCUGUGUCUCUCUGCUAAUGAACUCACGCGGCUGCCCAGCUUCUCGGGAGGCCCCCCGCUGCAGCAGCUGCGGGAGCUGCGGCUGAACUACAACAAAAUUGCUGCUCUAGAUAACCUUAGCAGCAGCAGCAGCAGCAGCAGCGGGGCCCCCGCAGCAGCAGCAGCAGCAGCGGGGGACUUUGUGGGGUUGCUUCCGCAGCUCGAGGUGUUGGAUCUGAAAUACAACAGACUAAAGACAAUUAAAGGAUUAAAACAAAUACUCAACAACCACCCGACGCUAAGGACUCUUUCUGUAGGCUGCAACAGAAUCUGCUGCUUGCCAGCAGCAGAUAUGCCGCUGCUGCCUUCGCUCACUUCCUUUUCUUUAUUUGACAAUGCUGUGGGGGCCGAGCAGCAGCUGCAGCAGGAUCAGCAGCAGCAGGAGGAGCAGCAGCAGGAGCAGCAGCAGCAGCAGGAGCAGCAGGAGGAGCAGCAGCAGCAGCAUGAGGCGCUCUUUUCCGUUAUCAACACACUGAACUGUUGUCUACCGAUUCUGGAGGAGCUUUACCUAUUGGGAAACCCAAUUGCAGAUCUUGUGGACCAACGGGAAACGCGCCUUCACGCGCAAACAAAAGGCGACUUCAAAAACGCCACAACUUGA